AUGAUAGGAUACAUUGUAUCCAGACGAGAAGAAAAUUUAAUACAUCUAAAUGAGGAAAUCAUGUCCUGGAAACAACAGCUUAGUGAGACAACUAACCCUGAAACAUUUAAUCAGAUAAUAAGAGACAUUAAAAUUAAAGUAGAAAAAGUAGAAAAAGAUACUAUUGAAAUAAAAAAAAGGAAAUACCAAAGAGACAUUAACGAUUAUAAGACUGGCAAUAUAAGAUUUCCUAAAAGAUCCCAUUCUAACAAACAGAACUAUAGAAAGAACCAAUGGCGAACUCAGGAAGAAGUGAGUUCAUCAUAUAAUAAUCACAAUACUCACUAUAGAAAUGAGUCAGAAUCAUACUCCCAUAGAGAUGUACAAAGAAGGAACAUGUAUAGGAAUAGAGAACCACUCCAGGCCACAUAUAGACAUCCCCAUAACAGACGAGAUCACCAAAAUAGAAGCUAUAGUGAUGUAGUGAAACAGGGUUUAGACCCACACGAUGAGAGAUCCCCACAUGGAAGUAGCCUCAGAAUAAGGAGAAUGCCCUCACAGAAACAAGGAGAAACAAGAGAAUAUGAAAGAAAAAAGAGACAUUCUCCUGAACGAACACAAAGCUACAGAGAUACAGGUACUAUAGAAAACCACCAUCAGAAUCCUCGUUCCAAAUUUGAUCCAAUUAGGGAACAAAGAAGGAACGGGAAAAAAUACAGACAUCAUGAGGAUACAACGAGACUCACACAAAUUAAGGAAAGAAUGCCAGAAGAGCCUCAAACAGCACAAGCAUCUUCGCCCUCGGUUUUUUGGAGGGGACCAAUUCAGGAGAGACUCAAAUGGCGAGAGAACCCCCCAUCAUGGGAAUCCCCAGGCAAACGCCAAAGAUCAACAGAUUACGAAACAGAAGAGGAAGAAAUAAGAAACAAAGAAAAAAGGGGGAAGAUGUAA